UUCGAACUCUAGACGGCUUGGUUUCUGCAUCUAUCCCUCUUUCACGCGAGAGCUCUUACUGGGUUUAGGGUUUUCGAUAGAUUGGCAAGUGGCCACGACACCAAGCGUCACCGAACCAGUUGUCACCUAAAUAAGGAAACUUUAGGCUUCUGUCGCAUUUAGGCACGAUUCUCUGCUGAAGUAAAUAUAUCAGCUUUGUCGUAUCUUUCGUAUUUUCGAGUGAUCUUCAAACGUUCAUCACCAGGUUAAAGACUUUGAAGUAAUGGCGGGAUUUCCAGGUUUUAGUUACCUUGGUCCUAAAAGCAAGAACACAGUUGUAGCAGGUGGCUUGACAGCUUUUGUUUUUGGGGUGUACUUCUACACAAUGAGGGCGGUUGGUGGCACAGACGAGCUUCAAGUGGCUAUUGACAAGUUCGAAGGCCAAAAACAGGUUGAGACCGACACCAAGGCUCCAUCUAAGGUCUAAUCCUCGCUGGCCUGAUAUGUCCAACGAGACUUGUUUUUUAUCUUUGUCUUCCAAGUUUUUUACUUCACCGUUUCUGACCUUGAUUGGCAUCUGUGUUUCGAGUCACAGUCCAAUCCAUACAUAAUACAUUGGUUAAACAAGAGAAUGUAUGAUCAGGACAUGGUUUUGAUGUUUUUGACAUUGUCUUAAGUUCUCAAGUUUUAUCAUACUCUUUGUACCUAAAUGUUUUGGUCUAAGCUAAUUUGUGGCUA